UAUAAAUAAGGCAGUGAGGCAGCGCGCGGGCAGACGGUCAAUCGCUUGCGUCCUGUCGGCGACGAUCACAGAGCGCGCGCGUGACACUAAAACUCGUUAAACUCGGGAUAACGCAGCGACAGGGAUAACUCCACUCCCACAUUGCUGGACAUCUAUCUACUCUAACCUUUCUUUUAUUCUUUUGCUGUCCUUUUUCUUCUUUAAGGACGACAGAAGAUCGUUUGCAUUUUUACGCAUUUUCGUGGAUAUUUUACACAAAAAGAUGCCUGCUGAUAUGAUGGAAAAGAACUCGUCUUCCCCGGUGGCUGCGACCCCGGCGAGCAUGAACACCGUCCCGGACAAACCCAAGACAGCCUCGGAGCACAGAAAGUCAUCGAAACCUAUUAUGGAGAAAAGAAGACGAGCCAGGAUCAACGAAAGCUUGGGUCAACUCAAAACGCUCAUCCUGGACGCUCUGAAAAAAGACAGCUCCAGACACUCCAAGCUGGAGAAGGCUGAUAUCCUGGAGAUGACCGUGAAGCACCUCAGGAACAUGCAGCGCGCGCAGAUGACCGCUGCUCUGAACGCGGACCCCACCGUGCUCGGCAAGUACCGCGCGGGCUUUAGCGAGUGCAUGAACGAGGUGACGCGUUUUCUGUCCACGUGCGAGGGCGUAAACGCCGAGGUGCGCACGCGACUGCUCGGCCACCUCGCUAACUGCAUGACCCAGCUGAACGCAAUGAAUUACACGGCGCAGGCGCACGCCGGACCCGCGCCGCCUCCUCCUCCGACCUUCGGCCAGCCCGUGGUGCAGAUCCCUGGAGCGACGCACGUCCCCGUGCCAGUAUCGGUGCCGGGGUGUAAAAGCGCGCCUCCAUCCGGCGCGUCGCCGUCCGACGCUGCCAAGGUGUACGGCGGCUUCCAGCUCGUCCCGGCCACAGACGGACAGUUUGCCUUUUUGAUUCCCAGCGGCGCGUUCACACCCGGCGGCCCCGUGAUCCCGGUGUACGCGAGCGGUGCAGCCACGCCCCUCCCAGCAGCCGCAGCGUCCCCGCGCGAGGCGUCGCUCACUUCAGACUCCGUCUGGAGGCCUUGGUAGAAAAACAAAAAAAACAAGCAAACAAACAAAAAGAC